AUGGCAUCAACAAGAACCCAGCCCGAGGAGGAAGUGAGUGUCGAAUUGAGCAGCCAAGAGAAAGCGGUUUUAGAUGAAAUGAUCAAGGACGCGAAGAACUCGUGUCUCUCCGAGGAAACAGUAAACAAGUGUCGUGCCAUGAUUGCUGAAAAUGAAGAACAAAACACGACUGCGGUAAGCGGCAUAUCACCAGUGAUCGCGUUAGGAGGCACCUUAAAGAAUCAGACAAAUGGAACCUUAACCGUUCAUGAUUCGAAGCUAUGGGCGGGGAUCAUUGUCAAAAAAUAUCCAGAUCCUCUAGAUAGAAUUGGCCUCUUUGCGCAAGGUUGCGUAUGGUAUAAGGGCAUUAAGGCGGCAGUGGUGUAUACCGGCGAAAACAGUGCUGGUGUUGAAUGUGGAUGGCUUCUUGCUUGGGCUGACUCUAAGACCAAGGGAAGGAAGAUUUACGCCAAGUGUGGCCGUAAAAGCGAUUUUGACUGUAUUGAUUGGGGGCAUAAAAAAGAUAAAUUGAAGAAAGCUUUGCCAGUAGUUAGGGCUCAUGACAGCAAUACUGGAACUUCAGUGUAUGCUACAAUAUUUGGCGUGGAGUCGGCCGUAUCAACUGAAGAUGCGGUUGUUGGAGUCUUCACUGGUUAA